AUGAGGUAUCCGGGUGGUACCGUCGCCAAUUACUGGAACAUCCAGAAUGCUUCCUAUCUGGCGGAGUGCCGCGUGUCAGCGUGUAGGGAAUAUCAGCCCGGUAUCAACGCUCUGCCCCUGCAGACCUUCUCGCCCGAAAACUUUAUUCGAUACGUGGCGAGCGCCGCCCCGCAUCAUGAGACCCCAAUCAUCGACCUUAAUCUUUACCUCCUCGACACCCAUCAGCAAGCGGGUCAGGUCGACUUACUUUACGCACGAAAUAUUACCCCGACACGCAUCGAGCUUGGCAAUGAAUUCUACUUGAGUCACAACUACAAUAUCACGCCAGAGGCUUAUGUGGACCGUGCCAAGCCUGUCAUCGACCGUGUUCGCCAGCUGUUCCCCAAAGCCAAAAUCGCAUUAGUGAUGCAAGCUUGGCGUGAGCUUCUGUCUGAUCUAGAUUAUGAUGGUAUCACGAUCCACGACUAUUCAUUCAGCAUCACGUCAGACAAGGAUCGUGGACCAUCCAUCGCCGCCACGGCGCUUGGGUUUGGAUAUGCUGUGCUCAAGCACCAGCGCGAUCAAGUCAACGCCUUGUUAGGUGCUGACAAAGAGCUCUGGAUGACCGAGUUCAACACAGUCGUAACCGAUCCUGAUCCUCCUUCGGGCUCCAUCCAUGCCCUCUUUCAGUUCUCAAUGUUGAACAUUCAUGCUUUUGGCUCGCAAGCGGGCAACAAAUGGGAUUCCAAUUCUGGAAUUGUUAGGCUGGGAGCCGGUAGCCACCAACUGGACAGCGUGCAGUAUGGGCCCAUUGCGGCGGUUUUUGCGCAUACGGCAUACUUUGCGCUUGAGCGCUACCCAUACCGCUUCGAGCACACUGUUGCCAACAACCCAUCCCUCGGUUAUGCGCCCUCACCUAACCAAGCCAGCAUUGUACCUGACUGCGUGCAGCUGGUUUUGUUGAGCAACACCACCAAUUUUUCAGCCGUGGCCUAUGGUGUCCUUCUGCUGAACAUUUGCCCUCAAGACGUGCCCGUGCAAUUGCCGACUCUCAAACCCACGGCUGGUCGGCUUCACGUUCAGGUUGGCUAUCAGCUCUCUCUCUCUCUCUCUCUCUCUCUCUCUCUCUCUCUCUCCGGUCCAUACACCACCGGGCUCAAUGUUUAA